AUGUCGGGCUGCUUCACCCUGUUCACCAACGCGCGGUACGUCCUCGAUGGCGCAUUUGUCGCCGACCACCUCGUCAUUUCCGGCGACACGGGCAUGAUCCUGAGGAGAGACGGGUACAUCGGCGGCGACGUCGUGGAUCUGGACGACAACAUCGUGGCACCUGGGUUUCUCGAGUUGCAUACAAACGGCGCCAAUGGGUUUCAUUUCACGCACUUCGGAGACGGCAAGAGCUAUGCACAGCAAAUAGACAAGAUUGCACGGUACUAUGCUACCCAAGGCGUGACGGGAUUUUGGGCAACCAUACCUACCGUCGAGGCACAUGAGUUCCAGAAGAUCCUGCCCGCCCUCGCAGCGCGCGAUAUUCCAAACUCGGCAUCUCUUCUCGGUGCACACACCGAAGGCCCGUACCUCCACCCACAAAAGAAGGGCGCACACAAUUCCUCGCUCUUCCAGACAUGUGACACUUCGCCAUCUACCAUCUACGGAGCCUCCAACCUCUCUUCCUCCGUCAAGCUCGUGACAGUGGCACCCGAGAUCCCUGAUUCCGCAAACCUCAUCAAGACCCUCACAUCCAGCGGCAUCAGAGUGUCUAUGGGCCACUCCACCGCCUCUUAUUCAGAUGGCCUCGCAGGCCUGCACGCCGGCGCAACCUGCCUGACCCACACUCUCAACGCCAUGCCACCGUUCGCCUCCCGCAUCCCAGGUCUAGCAGGAUUGAUAUCGCUCCCCUCUAAGCACAAACCAAUCACCCCAUGGUACACCAUCAUCCCAGACGGCGAACACCUCCACCCAGCGACGGUAUCCCUCCUCCAUAAAAACAACCCCAAACGAUCAAUCCUCAUAACUGAUUCCAUCGAACUUGCCUCUCUGUCAGACGGCACCUAUCCCGGUCAUGCUCAGAUCCCCUUUGAGCAAACAAAGGCCGGAACGCGGGCCACCAUCGCGGGCACUGACACGCUGAUUGGCGGUUGCAUACCUUUGCAAGAGGGGGGUCCGCAAUUUGAUGUCGUGGUCGGGAUGCGGUAUCGCGGAGGCCGUGUGCUCUGUCACGGAGAACGUGGCUGCUUUCAUGGGAAUUGA